UCACUGGUUGUGACUUCAAAUCAUUUUGCAAUGGGAUAUCACAUGUUUUUUGAAGAAAGAAAGCUGUUCUCUGCAAUGGAUGACAGUUCUAUUUUAUUUUGUCAUAGAAGUUAUUCAUCAGCUGAAUACUAGUGUGCCCUUCUGCCGCAACCAAUGCAGGUAACUCUUCAACCCUUAACAGCAACCGACGGGAGUUCGGUUGUGGUGGAUACAAACCAGGAAGCUACAGCUUCAUCUCUCAUCUCCUCCUACUGUACGCAAAAAAGCAUUGCCUACAGCUCCAAUUUAGCAAUUUUUGAUGGCAAGAAAAGGCCGUUGCCCUCGUACAGCACUCUAGGCUCUUUGGGGAUUACUAAUGGACAGAAUCUUCACAUUGGUUACAAAGAAAAUACCGUAUCACUUUCGGAUCAAUGGCCGCUUCUUGUAGCUCUUGCAGCUUUAGUCAUGGGUCUAAUAGGAAUCAUUAGUAUGUCCUUGGCAUAUGGCUUAACUGGAGGCCGGUAUCCUUAUGAUUAUGGUGUUGUAAUGGAUGCUGGAUCAUCAAAAACAAAUACAAUUUUAUACAAAUGGCAAGCCAAUAAGCACAAAGGUACUGGUUUCGUUUCACAAGAAGACAACUGUUUUGCGAAAGGUGGUAUUGCCAAAAUGGAUCCUAUGAAAUUAGAUCCUGUCAUAAAUUGUGCCAAGAAAGUAACAAAGCAUAUAGAUCCACCAUCUCUCUCUAGAACGCCUCUAUUCUUUGCUUCCACAGCGGGCAUGAGACUUUUAAACAUAACAAACCCUAAACGGGCAGAUGAAAUUCUGGAACAAUUAUCUCUGCAUCUGAACGAGACAGGAUUAUCGGUGAAAAAAAUUGAAAUCAUUUCCGGCCCAGAUGAAGGAAUAUAUGGUUGGAUUACAGCAAAUUUCCUUCAGAAUACUUUGGAAAGAGAGCAGAAAUUCGACCCCUGGAUUCCUACUACGUAUGGAGCUCUAGACAUGGGAGGAGCUUCGAUGCAGAUAGCGUAUGCUUUGCCAGAACAAAAUAAGACGAAAGUGAAAAGCCUGCAACUGUACGGGCAGACGCACAAUGUGUUUUCUCAGAGUAAUUUGUGUUUUGGUAGAGAUGAAGCAGCGAGACGGUAUAAAUUCCUACUGUUGAAGGUUCAAAGUAAAGCUAUUCUUUAUGAUCCUUGCUCACCAAAAGGAUAUAAUCAAACUGUUCAGGGAUCAUUUUUUACAGAACCAUGUACGCAUUCUGCCAUGAAGAUAGAAGGCUUAAAAGAGGAUACAAAUUAUACUUUUGUUGGAACAAGUGAAUAUAGCUACUGUCAGGGUAAUGUGUCGAAGCUUUUGGAUGAUGAUGAGUGCAAAACUAUGAAAUUCAAGGAAUGUUUUAAGAAACUCAGUGGUCUUCCUGGUGAUCAAAAGUACUUGGCAUUUGCGACGUAUUUCUAUACAACGGAUUUUUUAAACUUAACGCAAAGCAGCCUAGAAGACUAUGAGAAAGAUGUAAAAAGUUUUUGUGAAAAAAGCUACGAUCAGGUGAAAAAAUUUGCGAAUAAUGAGUAUGUAGCACAAUACUGCUUUAAUGCACAAUACAUUUAUGAAGCUUUGGUCAAUGGUUUCGGCUUUCAGAACAGCACAUGGAAGAAUAUAAACUUUGUUGGAAGGAUUGCAAAUAAAGAUGUCGGUUGGACCUUGGGUUACAUGAUUAAUGCAACGAAUAUUAUUCCAGCAAAAAGCAAAACACCCAGAUUGGUAUCAAGUUCAGCUUUAACAGUUUCACUUGUCAUAUUUGUUCUUAUGAUCUUAGCAACCACUGUAUUUUUAUUGCAUAAUUACUGUAAAGAUAAAUACAGUAAAGUAAGGUAUGAUAAACCAUAGUAAGAUCUAAAUUAUGUUUAUGUAUUAAUGUAUGAAUAAAUGAUUAAUAUUCAAAUUCAGUUUAAAAGCUAAAAUGAAGGUGGUUUUAAGAGAAUGUAAAUUUAAAUUUUUCUUUGCCAAAUAAGAAUAUGAAUAUUUAUCAAAUAAAUUGUAAAUGAGAAUUAUAAAAUUAAAACUAAUCCUACAUUUAUUUCAAACUGUAACUUACUUUGCAUUAUUUAACGAAAAGACGUAUAUCAGAGUCAUUUAUAAUAAUGUAUUGUUCAACACCAGUGUGGUUGUAAAGCCAUCAAUUAUGUUACAACUUUGUUCAGAGAUACUAAAUUAUGGUUGGUACAGUGACGUAUAAGAAAGUAUACUUGCAUAUAUGUAAAUACAAAAGGCUUCGUGCAAAAUGUCAAUAUCAUCUGUAAUUAUAAAUGCAUUAAACGUUUUAUAUACUAUA